CCUUACGAUUUCCGUACGACGAUUUCGACAACGUCGCGCGACCACAGCACAACUCAGACGACGGAGAGAAGUCUAUCCGCUUUCUUCACACAUAUAAAUCCUAUCUUGCGCUCACACCACCGCCAAUAUGACGAGUACAAUCGGCAUCCCAAUAAAGCUACUGAAUGAGGCAAUGGGUCAUGUAGUUACUAUUGAGAUCACCUCUGGUCAAGUCUACCGCGGCAAGCUCCUCGAAGCGGAAGACAACAUGAACGUUCAGCUGAAAGAUAUCACUGUAACUGCACGCGACGGCCGUGUGUCACAUCUUGAUCAAGUCUACAUUCGCGGAUCGCAUGUGCGAUAUUUUAUUGUACCGGAUAUGUUGAGGUAUGAAGCCCCAAGAUUAUGGCCCUACCGACAGGGCGCAUGGCCUCUGAGGUACUGAGAGAAAAUUACUGAUCCGGUGCUAGGAAUGCGCCGAUGUUCCGAGCGAGAGGUACGAGGGGACGAGGUGUGGGUCUGGCAAGAGGUAGAGCAACUGUGAAUCGUGCGAGAGGACAACAGAGGGGAGACAGAAGAGGA